AUGUGUGAUGUGCCAGUCAAGCAGCACAAUUCGGCACUGCGCUUCAUACGGCUGCUGAUGUGCUUGACGCUUAUAGUGCCGCCACGCCCACACCGGCAGCUGAGACUGCUGUACACUGGAAGCAUGGUAGUCUAUCUCUGUCUAAUAUCCCGUUGGCGCAUCGCCUUCAACUACCACGUGGACUACGACCGGCUGAAUGAUACCGUUUCCUAUGUGCUUGACCUGCUCAAUUUUGUGGCAUUGACAGUCAGCCAUUUCGUGAUAUCCUUCCAAUUGAUCUGGCAGAGCCGCAGCAGUCGAAUCGAGGCACAGUUUUCGCACAUACAAAAUGUGCUCUAUGAGAAAAUUGGCCAUAAGGUCAAUGCCGCUCGCAGUCGGUUGAUCACGAACAGAGUCUUUCGCUUGUUGUUGUUCCGCAUACUCAUUCUAUUGGGCUUGACAGUUUACAACAAUACGAGCUCGAACGAAUCGCUGCUGCUCAUCGCCAACUUCUAUUCGCAAGUGGUGCUCAUAUUGCGCUGCAGCGAGUUCGCAUUGCACUCAGCUCUCGUGCUGACCAUCUACCAGGAGAUGUAUGAGGCUGCCUCCGCUGUCAUUUCAAGGCUAGAGAGCUCGAGGUGCCACACUUGGUCCCCACGCCGUUUGCCCCUCAAGCACAUCGCCUGUCUGCAGCAGCUGCAUCUUCUGCUCUGGAAUCUGCAGCGAGACAUCGAGAAAUACUUCGAGCGCGCUCUCAUUGUGCUGAUGCUGAAAUUCUUUAUAGACACCUCGGUGCACCCCUACUGGGCCUAUGUGAACAGAAUCCAAACGAACAAUGUUCCAAUGCAGAUCUGGUGUGCUACGGAGGAGCUUCUCAUUCUGUUGGAGAUGUGUGUGCCCUGUUGGUUCUGGACCCGCUGCGAUCAACUGCAGCGCAAGUUUCGAGCGGUUUUCCACGGAGUAUCGGUGGAUCGACGCAACGAGCAGCUGAAUACCGCAUUGCUACGAGUCUCGGCGCAGCUCGGGCAGGAAUCUUGUGAGUUCACAGUUGGCGGAUUGCUUACGAUCAAUAAUAAUUUGUUGGGCAAAUUUUUGUUCGGAGUUGUGAGCUAUACUUUGAUUUGCAUUCAGUUUUGGAUAACAUACACGACGAAGAUGCGAUUAGAAGCAGAAACUGGAGCUGGCGUUAAUCAGGAUCCAUUGAAUGGAACAACAAUUUGAA